AUGAUUACUAAUAGAAAGAGAUUGUCUAGUGGAUUGAGUGUCACAUCUAAAGUGUUUGUCCGUUCAAGAAACGGAAACGCACUUAAGAUUGUUCGUGAACACUAUUUGAGAAACGAUAUCCCUUGCUAUUCCCACGCCUGUCACAAAUGUCAAGAAAUAGUCAAGCCGGAUGCUCAGGGACAACUUCCUAAAUUCAUCUUAUCAUCUUCUCCAACCAAAACCAAAGAUGGCGUGAGUCAUUAUGUGGUGAUUGAUACCAAUAUCAUCCUUCAUGCCAUUGACUUGUUGGAAAACACACAGUGUUUCUACGAUGUCAUUGUCCCACAAACUGUGUUGGAAGAAGUUAGAAACCGGUCGUUCCCAAUAUAUCAAAGAUUAAGAAACUUGGUGAAAUCAGAAGACAAGAGGUUUGUCGUGUUCCAUAAUGAGUACAACGAGGCAACCUAUGUCAAUCGAGAAAAGGGUCAAUCCAUCAAUGAUAGAAAUGACCAUGCCAUCAGAAAAGUAGCCAGUUGGUUCAACUCACAUUUAAAUACCGAGAAUUCACCUACUCCUAUUCAUAUUAUUUUUAUUUGUAAUGACGUUGACAACUGUACCAAAGCCAAACAAGAAGGAAUCGAUGCUAGAUCCUUGGUGGAUUACAUUGAUAGUUUACCUAAUGGGGAAGAUUUGCGUGAUUUGAUUCCUAGUGAUAUUGUCCUUCCCGGGAACUUUGAAGGGGACCAAAAUGAAACUGUAUUCCCAGAAUAUUACUCAAACGCAAGAAUCAUGGCCGGUAUAAAAAAUGGUACUUUGUACCAAGGUAUGUUGAACAUUUCGUCUUAUAACUACCUUCAAGGGACAGUACUGGUACCUGCAUUCAAGAAACCUUUGUUGAUUAUUGGAUCCAAGAACCUUAACAGAGCAUUCAAUUCAGAUUCAGUGAUUGUGGAAUUGUUACCUAAGGAUAAGUGGAAGGAACCUUCUAGUACCAUUAUUGAAGAAGGCUCUAUCGGAGCCGAUGACAAUGCCGGUGAUGAUGAGGAUGAUUUAGGUGAAGAAACCGGAGGUGUUGUUCUGGACAAGGAACGAGUAUUCUUAGCACAAGAAGCCAUGAAGGCUACCUCAUCUAAAACUAACGAACUGCGUCUUCAACCUACUGCCAAGAUUGUUGGAGUUGUGAGAAGAUCAUGGAGAUACUAUGUUGGUCAAAUUGCCCCUAGUUCUGUAAGUGAAGAAACUGGACACUCAUCAAGAUCUUGCUUUGUUAUUUUAAUGGAUAAACUCUUGCCCAAGGUCCGUAUCAGAACCCGUAAGGCUAAGGAAUACUUGGGUCAACGUAUUGUUAUUGUGGUGGAUUCAUGGCCAUCAAACUCUCGCUAUCCAAAUGGUCAUUUUGUGAGAACUUUAGGUGAAAUUGAAAGUGCUGAGGCUGAAACUGAAGCAUUAUUAUUGGAACAUGAUGUUGAAUACCGUCCAUUCUCCAAGAAUGUGUUAGACUGUUUACCUAAAGAGGGAGAUAACUGGGUUGUUCCCGAUAUGACUGAUCCACAAGAUCCUCAGUUGAAAAAGAGAGUUGAUUUAAGAGAUAGAUUGGUAUGUUCCAUUGAUCCACCCGGAUGUGUUGAUAUCGAUGAUGCAUUGCAUGCUAGAGUGUUACCUAACGGGAACUAUGAAGUGGGUGUUCAUAUUGCUGAUGUAACGCAUUUUGUUAAACCAAACACUGCGUUGGAUCAAGAAGGUGCCUCGAGAGGUACUUCCGUUUAUUUAGUGGAUAAACGUAUUGAUAUGUUGCCUAUGCUUUUAGGUACUAAUUUAUGUUCCUUAAAACCAUUUGUUGAUAGAUUUGCUUUUAGUGUUAUCUGGGAGUUGGAUGAAAAUGCCAAUAUUCUCAAGGUUGAUUAUAUGAAAUCGGUGAUUAAAUCGAGACAAGCAUUUUCAUAUGAACAAGCACAGUUGAGAAUUGAUGAUCCUACACAAACCGACGAAUUGACAAAUUCCAUGAGAGUUUUAUUGAAACUCUCCAAGAAAUUAAAACAAGGAAGAAUGGAUGCCGGUGCUUUGAAUUUAGCCUCGCCGGAAGUUAAGGUUCAUAUGGAUAGUGAAACUUCUGAUCCACAAGAGGUUGAAAUCAAGAAAUUAUUAGAAACAAAUUCCUUGGUUGAAGAAUUCAUGUUGUUUGCCAACAUUUCCGUAGCCAGAAAGAUUUACGAUUCAUACCCACAAACAGCCAUGUUGAGAAGACACGCACCUCCACCCGCCACCAACUUUGAAACCUUGAAUGAUAUGUUGAAUGUACGCAAGAAUGGAAUGUCAAUUUCUUUGGAGUCUUCAAAGGCACUUGCUGAUUCUCUUGAUAGAAUCGUUGAUCCAAACGAUCCAUAUUUCAAUACAUUGAUAAGAAUUAUGUCUACUAGAUGUAUGAUGGCUGCCGAAUAUUUCCCCUCUGGUUCCUACGGAUACCCUGAGUUCAGACAUUAUGGUUUAGCCGUGGAUAUAUAUACCCAUUUCACAUCUCCUAUCCGUAGAUAUUGUGAUGUUGUUGUACAUAGACAAUUGGCUGGUGCUAUAGGAUACGAAAACCUUGAUUUAAGUCAUCGUGAUAAACAAAGAAUGGAAAUGAUUGUCAAGAAUAUCAAUAAACGUCAUAGAAACGCCCAAUUUGCUGGAAGAUCCAGUAUCGAAUACUAUGUCGGCCAAGUAAUGAGAAAUAAUGAGGCUGAGCAUGAAGGGUAUGUCAUCAAGUGUUUCAAUAAUGGUAUUGUUGUGCUAGUACCGAAAUUUGGGGUUGAAGGUUUGAUUAAGUUGGAAACCAUGGGUGACUUGGCCACUGCUAACUACAAUGAAGACAAGUAUGAAUUGACAUUUACUGAUUUGAAAGGUGCACAACGUACAGUUGCUAUGUUUGACAAGGUUACUGUUGAUGUUAAAUCAGUCAAGGAUGAAGUUAGUGGUAAGAGAAGAGCACAACUUAUGCUUAGGUAG